AUGUCUUGCUGCACAAAAUGUGGAGUAUCUAAAACUCGUGUUUUUACUUUAAUCCUGCUCGGUGUAGCUAUAACUAUCCAGUCGGUGUCGGUAGCACUUCCGGUGUGGAGUGAGAUAAAUACAAACUACUUUAAAUACACCAUCAGGGCCCAUCAAAACCUGUGGACGGUAGAGAUACUUGAGGAUGGGCAAGCUGGAGCCUUCCCAAAAGAAAAGUCGAAGAUGAAUGUUGGUUGGAAGAAAGACCUACAGAAUGUAGAAGUAACUUGUAUUGUAGCAGGAUUGCUAGGGUUAUUCACGCUUUUGCUGUCGUCGGUUACACGCAAAAUGGCGCUGUUAUCAGGAAUCUGUAGACUUUUGGGAUUAUGCUUCAGUCUCUUAGCAGCUAUAGAGGUACUGGUAGGAUCCCUUCUUUAUGAAUAUCAACACAAAGAAAUUUUCUCCAUCAAUGCAAAAGAUCCAAAAAAUUACUACCCCACAGACAAACUGGAGCUAUCAUCCGGGUUCUUCAUCUCCGCCACAGCUGGUGCUUUGUACGCAGUAGUGGUGAUUGUCGAAAUUGUUGUUUUAGCAGCAAAUAAUGUGAAGUCAGAAAAGGAAAAGAAUAUGGUGACAUCAUUUGCAUAG